AUGGGCGGUGUAGAACAGAGUAAAAUUUGUUGCAUUGUCAGGUGGCGCCAUCACUGUGAAAUAAUGAGCAAAGCAAGUACUAAGCAACUUUAUGAUUUGGCUAAUCAUAUGCGUAUUGACACCAUCAGGAUGACCUGCGCCGCCAAAUCAGGCCAUCCAACGAGUUCAUGUUCAGCUGCGGAAAUUAUUGCAACAUUGUUCUUCCAUGAAAUGCGAUUGAGCAAAGCAUUCCCAAAAAAUCCUUCUUCUGAUCGUUUUGUUUUGUCCAAGGGUCAUGCUUGUCCAAUUCUGUAUGCUGCUUGGCAUCAAGCCGGUCAUAUUUCAACAGAAGAUAUUAUGAAUUUACGCAAACUGACUUGUGAUCUCGAAGGUCAUCCUACACCAAGGCUAGAUUUUAUCGAUGUUGCUACCGGUUCUCUCGGACAGGGUCUCUCAUGUGCUGCUGGAAUGGCGUAUGCCGGAAAGUAUAUAGAUAAAGCAAGUUAUCGAGUAUAUUGUUUGCUGGGUGAUGGUGAAUGCGCCGAAGGUUCAGUUUGGGAGGCAGCUGGAUUCGCUUCAUUCUAUAAAUUGGACAAUUUGGUUGCAGUCGUGGACAUGAAUCGUUUAGGUCAGACUCAAGAAACUAUGUUUGGACACCAAGUUGAUAGUCUUUCAAAACGUUUCCAGUCAUUUGGUUUUCAUGUUGUCGUCAUUGACGGCAAUUGUGUUGAGGAAUUGUUGAGUGCAUAUAGUGAUGCACGUCAGACGACAAACCGACCUACAGCAAUUAUUGCAAAGACAUUGAAAGGAAAAGGCAUUGCUGGAAUUGAAGAUGAAAAUAAUUGGCAUGGAAAACCGGUUCCUGAAAACACGAUCGAGGCAAUCAGGGAGCGUUUCGUAUACAAGACAGAUGUCAUAGGAAAGUUUGAAUCAAAACCGCUAAUUGUUGAUGCUCCUGAUGUAAAGCUCCCAAUCGGGAAACUUAAGAUAGUUGAGCCGGCAUAUAAGAUCGGAGAAAAGACAUGGAAUUUCACGGUAUUUUCGGUCGCUACACGUGAAGCAUAUGGCACAGCUUUGGUCAAACUGGGUGACGUUUGCCCACGAAUAUUUGGCCUAGAUGGUGAUACUAAGAAUUCGACAUUCAGUGAAAAAUUAUUGAAGAAACAUCCUGAUCAGUUCAUUGAAUGCUUUAUUGCGGAGCAGAACCUUGUCGGAGUAGCUGUAGGUUUGCAGUGUCGUGAUCGCGUUAUACCAUUUGUGAGUACGUUUGCUGCGUUCUUCACUCGCGCUGCUGAUCAGCUUCGUAUGGCCGCGGUGUCAUUCGCAAAUUUAAAAUGUGUUGGUUCACAUGUUGGUGUUUCAAUUGGAGAAGAUGGUCCGUCACAAAUGGGUCUGGAAGAUAUCGCGCUGUUUCGAGCGAUUCCCAGUUCCGUUGUUUUCUAUCCUACUGAUGCUGUUGCUGCUGAACGUGCAACAGAGCUUGCAGCCAAUAUACGCGGUAUUGUGUUUAUACGCACUGGACGUCUUGCUUGUCCAGUCAUUUACGACAAUAAUGAAGUUUUUGAAAUCGGAAAAGGAAAAAUCGUGCGCGAUGGAAGUAGCCCUAAAGCUUUGAUUAUUGGUGCGGGAGUUACAUUAUAUGAAGCUCUCAAAGCUGCGGAGAAGCUGGAGUCAGAAAAUGUGGAAGUGAUUGUUAUGGAUCUUUUCACUAUCAAACCUCUUGAUGAGGAUCUGAUUAUACAAUCAGCAAAACGUGCUCAAAACCGUAUAAUCACUGUUGAGGAUCACUAUCAAGCUGGGGGUAUUGGUGAAGCUGUGUGCCAAGCUGUUUCUGCCAAAGACAUUCAUGUUUUUUCCCUUUUCGUUCUUGACGUUCCGCAUUCUGGUCCACCGGACGCUUUACUCGACAAAUAUGGUAUUUCGGCAAGAUGUAUUGUUGACGCCGUGCUUCAUGCCAUUCACCCACCAAAUUAA